AUGGCUCCGCUGACGGUGAUGAUGGUGGCCGAAAAACCGAUGCUUGCAGAAUCCAUUGCAAAAAUCCUUGCCGAUGGGAAAGUUGAGAAAAGGAAAGGUUGGAACAAUGUUUGCUCGGUUUCUGAAUACUGUGGACAGUUCCAAGGACAGUCAGCUAUAUUCAAGGUAACAAGUACUUGUGGUCACAUUAUGUCUCUGGAUUUCCCACCAAAAAUGAAUAAUUGGGAAAAAGUUGAUCCAGUUAUGUUGUUUUCAUCAUCAACUGCGAAAAAGGAAGCAAAUCCAAAAAUGCGAAUGAAUGAGUAUCUCGCUUCGGAAGCAAAAGGUUGUGAUUUCUUGGUCUUGUGGUUGGAUUGCGAUAAAGAGGGCGAAAAUAUUUGCUUUGAAGUAAUUGAAGCAGUCAGAAAUUCAAUUAAAAAGUCAAAAACAGGAGAUAUUAUGGGAAAUGUUUAUCGGGCACAUUUCUCAGCCAUCACUGCGAAAGAUAUUAAGUCGGCAAUGCGGAAUCUUGGUCGUCCUAAUAUCAAUGAAAGCUUGUCCGUUGAUGCGCGUCAAGAAUUAGAUCUGAGAAUUGGUUGUGCCUUCACACGCUUCCAAACACGAUAUUUUCAAGGCAAAUAUGGUAAUCUUGAUAGCACAACCAUAUCUUUUGGUCCAUGCCAGACACCAACACUGGGAUUCUGUGUGACUCGUCAUGAUUUGAUUACACAGUUUAAGCCAGAGCCGUACUGGAUAUUAGUGGCAAUCUUCGAAACUUCGGCGGGUGAUACAUUAAAACCAACUCAUGUCAGAGGUCGUAUAUUUGAUAAAGAUGUUUGUCAGCUGUUUUUUGAUCGAAUUAAAAAGCAGAAUCAAGGUGUUGUUGUUGAUGUGAUCAGUUCGGAGUUGCGGAAAGAGCGUCCACAAGCUCUCAAUACCGUUGAGUUACUAAAGGUCGCUAGCAGUGGCCUAGGUCUUAGUCCAACGCAAACUAUGAGUACUGCAGAAUAUCUUUACACUAGGGGUUUCAUAAGUUAUCCACGAACGGAAACUACAGCAUAUCCUUCAAAUUUUGAUUUUUCUGAAGCUUUGCGACACCAGCAGAAUGAUAGCCGCUGGAAGGAUAUUGUAAAAAAGUUGUUAUCAGAAGGAAUAACAAAGCCUCGUAAUGGUGAAGAUAAAGGUGAUCAUCCGCCGAUAUCACCUUUGCGCGGCAAUGAUGGUUCACUCACCGGAGAUGCUUUAAAAAUAUAUGACUAUGUUACACAGCAUUUCAUUGCCACACUCAUGCAGCCGUGCAUAUAUCUUGUCAAGAGUAUAAAAAUCAAUAUCGCGAACGAAAUAUUUAUUGCAAAAAGCAAGUGUGUUAUCAAUUUGGGUUACACAGAAAUUAUGGUAUGGCAGAAAAUUGAGGAAGAUACACAGAAUUAUAAUAUAGUUAAAGGCUCAAAGCUCAAUUUAAAAGAUGCAAAAAUAUGUGAGUAUGCAACAACUCCACCGGAUUACCUCACUGAAUCAGAAUUGAUCUCGUUAAUGGAAAAGCAUGGUAUUGGGACGGAUGCAUCUAUCCCUGUCCACAUUAGUAAUAUUUGUCAGCGGAAUUAUGUUACUGUUGAAUCUAAAAGGCGUUUAAAACCAACAAAAUUAGGCAUUGCACUUGUACAUGGCUAUUGGAGAAUAGAUUCGGAACUAGUAUUACCUACGAUGCGGUCCGAAGUUGAAAGUCAGUUAAAUCUCAUUGCUAAAGGAUAUGCCGAUUUCUGCUCUGUCAAGAAUCAUGUGCUCGAAAAUUUCCGCCUUAAAUUUAUCUAUUUUGCAGAAAAUAUUAGUCUCGUGGACUCUCUUUUUGAAGAUUCAUUCACUUCACUUGCCGCUUCGGGAAAGCCAUUUAGCAGAUGUGGAAAAUGUCGACGUUUUAUGAAACUUGUCGCUUCCAAACCACAGCGUCUUCAUUGUCCAAAUUGUCAGGAUACAUAUUCAUUGCCUUCUGCUAAAGAUGGAUUACUGAGACUUCAUGGUGAAAACAAGUGCCCUUUGGAUGAUUUUGAUUUGAUUUACUGGCAAGGUCCCGGAGGAAAAUUAUCGAUGUCAUAUGUACUUUGUCCUUAUUGUUAUAAUAAUCCGCCGUUUGAGGGAAUGAAGAAAGGUUCAGGAUGUCACGAAUGUUGUAAUCCUGUGUGUCCUCAUUCGUUCCUAACGCUGGGAGUGGUUCAGUGUCCACGUCGAUGUGGCGCUGGUCAUGGAGUUUUGGUACUGGAUCCACAAUCUGCACCAAAAUGGCGUAUUUCUUGCAACAAAUGUUCUGCUGUUGUAGGUCUCUUCGAAGGUGCAUUGCGCGUUAAGGUUCUUACCAAGCAGUGUGAAGAUUGUGGUGCACAACUGUUUUUUGCUGAAUACAAGGAUAAGUCACCUUUGCCAGAGGAGAGAACCACGUAUAGGGGAUGUGUUUUUUGUGAUAAAUCUAUUUCACAUUUGGUGAAUUUUAAUCAUGCAUAUAGUGCGGAGCAGCCUAUUCAACGGCAACCUAUUAAUAUGCGACAAAAACGCGGUAGAGGUAUAUCAAUGAAAAGCCGUGGUCGAGUUACAUCAAGGAGAUAA